AUGGCACCUCGUGGUCAUAAUUCUCUCAACGCUAUUACUCGGAAGUUCAUCGAAUGUAUAGCUCGUGGCGAUGUGGUGAAUCUGAACGAAGCAGCAACAACCCUCCACGUCUCCAAGCGCCGACUCUACGAUGUCGUCAAUGUUCUCGAAGGUAUAGGAAUUUUAGAGAAAUGUGGUAUGAAUCAGGUACGGUGGAGGGACGAGCUCAGAGAUAGAAAUCUCUCGUCAGAGCUGCACUCCCAAUGUGCGAUGUUACAACAAAUGGAAACUGACAUCGACACAAGAGUCUGUAGGUUGGAAUCGGCGCUGAAACGUACUGUAGUGGACAUCAUGAACAGUCAGUACGCUUAUGUACGUCUUCAAGAUUUGCGAACAUUCCACAAGUUCACGGAUAAGACCCUGAUAGUUGUGAAGAGUUCUGCUGUACGAGACAUCAAGACUUGUGUCAGCCAACCAAAGAACUCUACGCAGAGCCAAGUGAAGUUCGAGACCAGUGGGAAUGGAACACUUCAAGGUUUCUUGUCACCUGCUGGUUCAUAUGUGCACUCAGACUUCGAACAGCAUUUGUUUGAAUGUGAAUGUUCAAACUCGUUCAAUGAUAGGUACUUUGCGACUACUGUAUCCUGA